AUGACUCUUACAGAAACAAAUACACAAAAUACUGAAAAUACUGAAUUAACUGACUUUGAAAGAGGAAGAAUAAUUGGUUGUUGGGAAGCUGUAAGACAAGUCCCUGUGUGGGUUCUUGUAAGUGCAUUGACCAAAAAUGUCCAACAACAACAAGUUCAUCAAGGACAAAUGCAACAACAGAUCUUACAAAUGCAGCAACAGAUCUUACAUAUAUUACAAAG